AUGGAACAGGAAAUUGAUUUUGAAACUCCUACCCAUGAGCUUUUAUUCGAUGAUUUGAUACCGUUACCAUUCAAAAUCUUAUUCAUAAUACAAUUUGGUACCUUUUUAUGGUUCUUAUUGGUUUACUUAUUAUACAAUUUCACCAACAUUAAUGUAUUAAGAUUAUUGGAUUUAUCCUAUAAUAGUCAUAAUUAUUCCCAACUAGAUGGUGAAACCACUAUUAAUAAUAAUGGUAAACCUGUGAAUGCCAAUCAUAAUCUUGAUGCAUCAUCAGGAGAAUUCAAGACUAAUUUACCACCUGAUUUUAAAGAGAAUCAUUUAUUAUUAAAUGGUAUUUGGAAUAAUUUAAAAGCCAUUACUUUAAUAAAUUUCUUAACUUGGUCAUUAUUUAAAUUUGUUCAAUACUUUUAUGAACAACCUAUUGAACAUGAUAGGAAAAAGACUAUUUUAACGGAAAUGUUAACACCAUUAUAUUAUAUUUUACCAAUUUCAGCAUUUUCAUAUUUAUUUUAUAGAUUAUUUUAUAAAUCCAGAGUUUCAGCAUUAAAUCAUAAAGGCCAAAUUAGAAUUUAUACUACUAUGACCAGAAUUUUAGUGGGUGGAAUCAACUCAGUUUCUAUGAGAACAAAUGAUAUUUUGAUUUCAGAUUCUUUAACAUCUUAUGCUAAAGUUGGAAAUGAUUUUGGACUUUUCUUUUGGAAUUAUUAUUAUUCAGAUGAAGUAAGUUAUAAUAUUCAAUUAGAAUUUGUUAUAUUAUGUAUUCCAACUUUCAUUAGAAUCAAACAAUGUUGGUGUGAAUUUAAAAUCUCAAGAAAAUCUCAACAUUUAUUAAAUUUAUUAAAAUAUACUACUGCAUUAGGUCCAUUACUUAUCAAUCUCCUUAUUAAAUAUCAUCUUACUUCAGCUAAGAAUGUCGAUGAUGAUGAUUUAAUCCAACAAGCCUUAUUAAAAAGAGUUGAAUCAUUAAAUACAUGGUGGUAUUUCUUUUCAUUUAUAAAUUCAGCUUAUUCAUUCAUAUGGGAUGUGAAGAUGGAUUGGAAUUUAGAAUUAUUUGAUUCAAUUAUUAAUCCUCGUAAGCCUUUUCAUAUGCUUAGAGAUUCAUUGGCAUUUAAAUUCACUGGUAUUUAUAUCUUCAUUAUUAUAUUUGAUUUCUUGUUUCGAUUCGUUUGGGUUUUGAAAUUAUUUAUUAUAACUGAUAAACAUGAAAGUCAAACUAAUUUACAUGUUUUCUCCACAUUUUUAUUUGGAUAUGAUGUAUUUUCGUUUGGUUAUACUGUUUUAGAAACGAUUGAAAUCAUCAGAAGAUGGUUAUGGUGUUUUUUAAAAUUAGAAUCAGAUUGGGUUAAAUUAGAUGCUGUGAAUUAUAUAGAUAUUGAAUUAGCAUCUUCCUCGAAUAAGAGAGAUAUAUAA